UUUUGACUUCCUCAAUUAUAGGAAACCGGAGUUCCUGAGGAAUCGGGGCGUCGAGGGGUCCUGGAAUAUUGAUUGGAGCAGCUGACGACCAAAACAGGCCAAGAAGAUGGCCGCCUGACAACAGAGCCGAGCUGAACUUGGAGUGAGAGAGCGCGGCCCCAUGGGCACUAGUCAGUCCACCUCUGUGGCCGCCCCCCGGCUCCUGAGGGAGAACACGGGACUCUCUAGCAGCAGCGAACCUCUCAACCAAAGGAAAAAAACUCGCGGAUCUUCAAGCAGUUUGGCGACGCUGCGGCGCCGCCUGCUUCUUCGCCGUCGCCGCUCGUCCAAGUGUCCCGACCAUGCCCGCCACAUGCGCGACCUGCUGUCCGGUUGCUCGCUGGCUGAAGUGUCCGCCCUGUGCGAGCAGUACGAGGCGCUGGCCGCCCUGAAAGACCUCUCUGUGCAGGCCGAUCUCGCGAGGCCGCCAGCCUCGGCCAAGAAACUCGACUUGGCCGCCCUGUUUGAGGCCCGAGUGGCCGCCGAUGUUGAGCUUGUCUAUGCCGGCGCCUGCUUCCCGGCGCACAGGGCCGUCUUGGCAGCCAGAUGUCCCUACUUCAGACAGGUUUUGGGGCGAUUUCCUGGGCACGGAGCAAGAAUAGGGCUGGAACUGCGCACUCCCGGCGUUGAUGCACCCCUCUUCGGAGCCCUGCUCAAACUUCUGUACACUGGCGAAUUAGCCCCUCAUCAGCAUGACAGACCCCUUUUGGCCCGGUUAGCCGAUGAGUUCGGUGGCGCCCCCAACCCUCUCGAACAGGAUCUGCGAUAUUUGUUGGAGACUGGUGACUUUGCAGACGCCAUGUUGGUGUUCACAAAGGGCAACGGUUCCUCCAGCAGCAGCUCCAGCUCAGGACACUCAGAGUAUGGCUUUAGCUCUCUGGGCACCCUCGAGCUGCCCUGCCACAAGGCGGUGCUCGCUGCAAGGAGUCCAUUCUUCAGAAAUCUCGUACAACGAAGAAAUAGGGGCGAAGAGCUCCAGCCAGAACGUGCAGGAUUGAAUCUGGCAACCCGGAUAGUUUUGGAUGAGUCGGUGAUUCCUCAGAGAUUUGCCCGAGUCCUCCUGCACGCUGUCUACCUGGACGUGGUUGACCUCGGUUUAGUGCACAGGCCACUGGAAGGCGGUCCCUCUGCUCUGGAGGACGCCAUGGAGCUGUACCAGAUCGGUCGAUUCCUUGAGCUGGACAUUUUGUCUCAGGGCUGCGAAGACCUGAUCUUGGAAAUGCUGGCGCCCCAAAACUUGGCCAUCGUGUUGGCCUGGGGUGCGCGGCCGUACGGCUCUGCCUGGGUCUACAGACAGGCGGUCAACUACCUAAGGGACGAAUUUCAGCCUAUCAGCCAGUCUGGCGUUUUGCUCCAACUCAGUGCCGAGCACCUCAGGGAGGCGCUCUCUUCAGACUUCCUUCAGGCGUCUGAAUUGGAAGUCCUGCAGGCAGUGCUGAAAUGGGGUGAGCACCAGUUGGUGCGGCGGAUGGAAGACCGGGAGCCGAAUUUGCUCAGCCACACUGCCCACAGCGUGGCGCGGAAGGGUGUGAAGAAAAGGGACCUAUCAGUAGACGUGGAGCUGCGUGAAAUUUUAUCUCCCCUGCUUCCGCUGGUGCGAAUGGACCACGUGUUGCCGGCGCAUGCUGAGACUUUGGCGCACGCCGUCCGUCGGGGGUUGUUGCCGACGCCGCCCAGCCACAUGUUGGGUGGAGACAGGGAUGCCGUGCGCAUCCACGCCUGGAUCAGGUCCACCUCGGGCUGUGCGCAGGGUGUGUGGAUGCGUCCUCGCCUCUUCAUGCCCUACUACGAGGAGGCCAAGGCAGUGUUGGAGGAACAUUUCAGCCAAGCUGUGGACGUCGUCCGGGCUGCCGUGCGCCGGCCGGACGACAUCCCGGACACCCUGUACAUGGUGGACGAGCGGCGGAACAUGGAGGCGGCCGGAGCAAAUCCACCGCCGCCCCUGCCGGACGCGGCCACCCUCGGACAAAUGGUGAAGCGCGAGCAGAAGAUGCGGCAAAGUCCGCUGGUGCUGCGCGCGCUCAGCCUGCCCCUCACCUCGCGUCACCUGGUGCUCGGCCAGGUGCGUCUUCGCGUCGUGCGCGAGUUCAACCUGCCCGACGCCACAGCGCAGCUGCUCGAGAACGCGAGCGGACUGAAGGACCAAGAAGAGGCAGCUCGGCGUCGGGGGCCUUUCGCGCGGCCGCUCUCGGCCUCACAGGAACACCUGCUCUACUCGCGGCGGCGGCCAGAGGCGGACGUGGGCGCGGAUGGCCACCUGAGCGAGGUGAUGCCCGACGUGGCCAUGGCCACGUCCAGCUUCGGCCAACUGGAGCUCGAGGAGAGCGAAAUCGAACUCGACCUCGGCGACGGCUAUUGCCAGCAGCGCUUCUUCCACUACUGAGAGACAGACCGCCCCCGCCGCCCCCACUGCCUCCAUCUCAUCUCACUUGAUGCAUUUAACUUAUUUGUAAAUAAACACGAGCAGAACACACAAACACUGUUUUCUAUAAAAUU